CGGAGUUUCUCACGACCGGCGGAGCUCGCUUCUGCUGACUGCAUUUCAGAAAGCAUCAACUUUUCUCAGUGGACCCAUUCAUCAAGUGAAAUAUGCCUGUACUGUUUUAAAAAGUUUUGUGCUUCAUCAUGGAAAAAUUUGCCCCCCCCCAAAAAUGAAAGUAAAGACAUUUGAAAAGGUGAUUUAAGGUAUGGACAUUUGAAAAAGUGUCCCAUCAAAUCAGUAAACCUCAAGAUAAGGGUUAAAUAGAUUAAUCCUAAACACUUAUUUUUUAAACCAGGAGGAUUUCAUCUUAAUAGAAAAACAACUUUUAUUCACUAUGUAUUCUCUGAAAUUAAAAGAGAGAGACAAGAGUAGACUUAAAAGAAAAUAAAUGAAGAUGGUUAGUAAAGAAGCAGUGUCAACUCUUUUCUGAUGAGGAAAAUACAGUGAUGUUAAAUCCUUUCCAAAUCUCUGGUUGUGGUCCUAAAGACAAGACUCCUUUUUGAUGGGACUGAUACUAAGGGAAGUAGGACCUUUUGUGUAUUCAACUCACAGUUGUAGAAGUUGCAAUCAUUGGCAUGAGUGGCUUAAAAGAGGAAAUAAAGAAGUUUUCAAUUAAAUCCAAAAGUACAGUCAUUUUUUUACUGCUGUGAUUUUAAAAGCCUCUUCAUAACCACUGAAAAAAAAUUGACAACUAUUUUAAAAUAUUAAAGAAAGGCAGAUGUCUGCAAACAAUUCCCCUCCAUCAGCCCAGAAGUCUGUAUUACCUGCAACUCUUCCUGCUGUGCUUCCAGCUCCUUCUCCGUGUUCAAGUCCUAAAACAGGACUCUCUGCCCGACUCUCUAAUGGAAGUUUCAGUGCGCCAUCACUCACUAACUCCAGAGGCUCAGAGCAUACAAUUUCAUUUCUGCUGCAAAUUGGCCUUACACGGGAGAGCGUUACCAUCGAAGCCCAGGAACUAUCUUUAUCUGCUGUCAAGGAUCUUGUGUGCUCCAUUGUUUAUCAAAAGUUUCCAGAGUGUGGAUUCUUUGGCAUGUAUGACAAAAUUCUUCUCUUUCGCCAUGACAUGAACUCAGAAAAUAUUUUGCAGCUGAUUACCUCAGCAGAUGAAAUACAUGAUGGAGACCUAGUAGAAGUUGUUCUUUCAGCUUUGGCCACAGUAGAAGACUUCCAGAUUCGUCCACAUACUCUCUACGUACAUUCUUAUAAAGCUCCCACUUUUUGUGAUUAUUGUGGUGAGAUGCUCUGGGGAUUGGUACGUCAAGGACUGAAAUGUGAAGGCUGUGGAUUAAAUUAUCAUAAACGAUGUGCCUUCAAGAUUCCAAAUAAUUGUAGUGGAGUAAGAAAGAGACGUCUAUCAAAUGUAUCUCUGCCAGGACCUGGCCUCUCAGUUCCAAGACUCCUACAGACUGAAUAUGUGGCCCUUCCCACAGAAGAGUCACAUGUUCACCAAGAACCAAGUAAGAGAAUUCCUUCUUGGAGUGGUCGCCCAAUCUGGAUGGAAAAGAUGGUAAUGUGCAGAGUAAAAGUUCCACACACAUUUGCUGUUCACUCUUACACCCGUCCCACAAUAUGUCAAUACUGCAAGCGGUUACUGAAAGGCCUCUUUCGCCAAGGAAUGCAGUGUAAAGAUUGUAAAUUCAAUUGCCAUAAACGCUGUGCAUCAAAAGUACCAAGAGACUGCCUUGGAGAGGUUACUUUCAAUGGAGAACCUUCCAGUCUGGGAGCGGAUACAGAUAUACCAAUGGAUAUUGAUAGCAGUGACAUGAACAGUGAUGGUAGCCGGGGCUUGGAUGACAUAGAAGAACCAUCUCCUCCAGAAGAUAAAAUGUUCUUCUUGGAUCCAUCCGAUCUUGAUGUGGAAAGAGAUGAGGAGGCUGUGAAAACAAUCAGUCCAUCAACAAGCAGUAAUAUUCCGCUAAUGAGGGUUGUACAGUCCAUCAAGCACACAAAGAGGAAGAGCAGCACGAUGGUCAAGGAAGGGUGGAUGGUCCAUUACAGCAGCAGGGACACCCUGAGAAAGAGGCAUUACUGGAGACUGGACAGCAAGUGUCUAACAUUGUUUCAAAACGAAUCUGGAUCAAAGUAUUAUAAGGAAAUUCCACUUUCAGAAAUUCUCCGCAUAUCUUCGCCACAAGAUUUCACAAACAUUUCACAAGGCAGCAACCCACACUGUUUUGAAAUCAUCACUGAUACUAUGGUAUACUUUGUUGGGGAGAACAAUGGGGACAGCUCCCACAAUCCUGUUCUUGCUGCCACUGGAGUUGGAGUUGAUGUAGCACAGAGCUGGGAAAAAGCAAUUCGCCAAGCUCUCAUGCCUGUUACCCCUCAAGCAAGUGUUUGCACUUCUCCAGGGCAAGGGAAAGAUCACAAAGAUUUGUCUACUAGUAUCUCUGUAUCUAAUUGUCAGAUCCAGGAAAAUGUGGACAUUAGCACAGUUUACCAGAUCUUUGCCGAUGAGGUGCUUGGUUCGGGCCAGUUUGGUAUCGUCUAUGGAGGAAAACAUAGAAAGACUGGAAGGGAUGUGGCUAUUAAAGUAAUUGAUAAGAUGAGAUUCCCCACAAAACAGGAAAGUCAACUCCGUAAUGAAGUGGCUAUUUUACAGAAUUUGCACCAUCCUGGGAUUGUAAACCUGGAAUGUAUGUUUGAAACGCCAGAACGCGUUUUUGUAGUAAUGGAAAAGCUGCAUGGAGAUAUGUUGGAAAUGAUUCUAUCCAGUGAGAAAAGUCGACUUCCAGAACGAAUUACUAAAUUCAUGGUCACACAGAUCCUUGUUGCCUUGAGAAAUCUACAUUUUAAGAAUAUUGUGCACUGUGAUUUAAAGCCAGAAAAUGUGCUGCUCGCAUCCGCAGAGCCAUUUCCUCAGGUGAAGCUGUGUGACUUUGGUUUUGCACGCAUCAUUGGUGAAAAGUCAUUCAGGAGAUCUGUGGUAGGAACUCCAGCAUACUUAGCCCCUGAAGUUCUCAGGAGCAAAGGUUACAACCGUUCUCUAGAUAUGUGGUCAGUGGGAGUUAUCGUCUAUGUGAGCCUCAGUGGUACAUUUCCUUUCAAUGAAGAUGAAGAUAUAAAUGACCAAAUCCAAAAUGCUGCAUUUAUGUAUCCACCAAAUCCCUGGAGAGAAAUUUCUGGUGAAGCAAUUGAUUUGAUAAACAACCUACUUCAAGUGAAGAUGAGAAAACGUUACAGUGUGGACAAAUCUCUCAGUCAUCCCUGGCUGCAGGACUAUCAGACUUGGCUUGACCUUAGAGAAUUUGAAACUCGCAUCGGUGAACGUUACAUUACACAUGAAAGUGAUGACGCCCGCUGGGAAAUACAUGCAUACACCCACAAUCUUGUGUACCCAAAGCACUUCAUUAUGGCUCCCAAUCCAGAUGAUAUGGAAGAAGAUCCUUAAUUAUCAAUGAGCUAACUUCAAUAAGGAAGGAUUUCAUUUUAUGGACUGAUAUUUUGCUGCACAACUGUUGUUUGUAGGUUGUCAUCUGCAAGGGUGCAAAGAUAUGGGGAAUAUGAUAAGGAAUCCGUGACAUCAGUACUGUAGUUCAUAAUGAGUAGGUACAAGAGGGGAAACUGAGUAAUAAAAAUAGACAGUGGAACCAAGAUGAAGCUUUUCAUAGCAUAGCAAUGACUGGUUUUUGUAUUUUUUCCUAAUCCUUCACUUUAGUACUAUAGUGGCAUUUAAUUUAUCUUCCCUUUCCUGUUCCAUUAUUUUUUAAAAAGGAGAAAAAGGAAAGCUUAGAGUGCAGCCAUUGCAAAGCUUGAUCAAAUCCUAUAAGAGCUCUAACCAGGUGUGCAUUUAAGAGAUUACUGAGGAGGGGCCACCAGCAUGAGGCUUCCUGUGAGGACUCUAAACAUUUGUUUAACCACAGACGCACGAGGGGUUUUUGCUAGGAGCCUAGAAAUGUUUCCUAGAUGCUAGGCUGUUUUACCUUUUUUUUUUUUUUUAGGUCAGUCAAGAGUCCAAAACCAUGAUCCCUAACCUUUGGAGCUACAUUCUUAAUAUGCUCUCUACAACAUAAAAAUUAAGUUAGUCCCCCUUUGUGAGUAUGUUGGAACGGCCUCUAAGAUAAUUUGGGACAAUUGGUGCCACAGAACCGGGAGGAGGGCCUGCUGGUCUGUCCGCCCCUCGCUCAGCUCCCCUGCGGUGUACGCACGGUGCCACCGUAAUGCCCCAGCCGGUUUCCAGCACUCAGUGAGUACAGAUCUGAACUUGCAUCACACAACUUCUCAUUACACAGAGUUAAGUAAUUUGAGGAAGAAAAUUAUUAAAAGUAAGGCCAGUACAGGAUCAAUUAAUGCUACAAAGAAGAACAGCAAAGACUAUAUCCUUUUUUUCUUCCCUUAGGUUAGUGGAAGGCUUUACAGAU